UACAUAUAUAUAUUAUCGUAUUGAAUUUCUCGAGCUUUUUCGCUGUUGCUCGUUUUUUCGUCGAUUUACGCGCGCGACUCUACGCACGAUAUCCAGCUUCUACAUCGAUACUUGUCGAUCACGGCGGAAGAUAAUAACGAGGAAACAACGUACGUACGAAACACUCGACAACGAGACGCGGUGCAAAGCUGGUCGAACGCUAGCUCGAGUUUGCGUGAAUCGACGACGACGAACGGAUUGGUGAUCGAUGCGGCAUAAACCCGAGGGGGCCGUACUCGCGAGCGCUGUGAAACGAGGGGUACGGCCCCGAUCGAGCUGACUACAGGAGCCGGCCUGAGGUGACAGCUCCUCUUCGUCGGGCGUCGCGAAUACCGGACGCCAAGAAUCACCGAAUGCCAGUGGAGUCUUUUGGGCGGGCUGGCCGUUUCACUCUUGUCGUCGGACUAGAAGAAGCUUGACCGGCCCGAAAAUGCUGUAUAUAUUCCACGUGGACACCGGCACCACCAUCACCUUCGACAUUAAAUUGGCGCUGCAGACUGUCGCCCAACUGAAGGAAGCGAUCGAGAGAGAAUGCGGCGUGGUCUCGGCGCACCAGGUGCUCCUGAUGAGCGGAGGCGAAAGCCUGGAACCAACCGCGCGUGUGUGCUCCUACUCGGCCGGAACCGACACGAAUCCGAUCUAUUUGUUCAGCAAGGCCGCCAUUGAGAGCCACCUUCCGCCCACGCCGAGCAUAGAUUACGGUUCCGAUGUCGAUCUUCAGAAUCAGAUCGACGCGUCGCUCGCUAUGCCGGCCACUUAUCAGACCCUGAUCGCCCGCGCCCAAUUGGCGCAGCAGUGCUGCGGAUUGGCGCGGGAGCAGACGAGGAUCUGCGAGAGGCUGGUCCACGAUCAGCACCUUCAGCAACAGGGGUGGGCGGCCGUGGUCGCGAAUCUGGAGGACAUCACUCAGAUGUUCCAGUCACGGGCCGACCUCCUGCAGCAGAGCUUCGCCGUUUACUUGUCGGAGAGGCAGCGGCACAUGGAACUACUCGAAAACUUCAACGCCGAUCUGGGCACCUUAGCGAAAAUUCCAAUCCUGCCAGCGCUGAGGGCCCAGGCGGAGGGUUUGCUGAGCCCGGACGAGCAGCCGAGUCAGCCCGAGAAGGACUCCGAGGGGAGGGAGAAGGUUCUGAGCCUGCUUCGAUGGAUCUCGGCGAAAGACAAUCAAAGCAGUCUGGAGCAGGUGGCGGAACAGUGUUCGAGGGGUCUGGAACAGUUCGACGAGAGGGUGAUGGAGGCGUUGAAGGCCGAGGUGAACGCGGCCAUAGACAGCGCGAACAAGCAGGAUAUGAAGGAGAUCAAGGGGCUGGGCGAGAGGUUGUUCGCUUUGGAGCAGCUGAUGGCACAGACGAAGAAGCUGGUCCAGGAGCAGGGGGAGCUCGCCCAGGGUUUCCUCCAGAAUCAGAGCCGGGCGAACAACUUGGGCGAUGCGAGCGUGCUUCCCGACCUGUGCACGUCGCACAGGCGCCAGCUGCUCGUCAUGCUGCAGAACCACAACAAGUUGCGCGACAUCAGGCGUAGGUGCACGAAGGCGAAGGAGGAGCUGUCGGUGAACAUCUAUCAUCGGCUCAAGUGGAUCAUGUACGUGGAGAACAAGAUGAUGGAGGUGGACGGCAAGUUGGUCAUGUAUCACGAGAGCCUGAAACGUUUGAGAAGGCACCUCGAGGUGCUGCAGCAGAUCCAUCUCGCGCCGCAGAUGUACAUGAACGCCGUGGCCGAGGUCGUUCGCAGGAGAACGUUCUCGCAGGCAUUCCUGGUGUGGGCCAGCAACUUGGCCUGCCAAUUGCUCACCGUUCACAGCGAGGAAUUGGCUCGCAGGAGGGAGUUUCAGAGUAAAUUCGACGGCCACUUCCUCAACACCUUGUUCCCCGGCCUUGAAGACACGCCACCGCCAUUCGCCACCCAGGCGCCAUCCGUCUUCGAUAACGGAUUGCCAAAGUUGACUGCGGAGGAUAUGGAAUCUCUUAGAUCCCAGCUACCCGAUCUGGCGCUCACCAUCUCGUCGCCAGAUUUGAACAGCAUCACUCAGUUCUUCCUGUCGAAGAGUCUUACCAGCACGGACGAGAACAACAAGGAGAAGGAUAGCGCUUCGAUGCGGGUGGACGUGGCCGCGAAGGAGCAGGAACGAGGAGCCAGGGCACCGAUGUUGUUCGACAGGGGUGGUUUCGAAUCGGAGACGGACACGGAGGAGUUCGAGAAGAUCGGGCAGGGCGCCACGGACUCUAAACCGGAGUCCUUCGAUGGCGCGAAACAAACGCGCCAGAAGCAAUUGGAGGUUGGUGCCUCGCGAAGCGUCUCCCCCGCUUCCUCGACCUCGACUAACGUAUCCCCGCUUAAUUCGAAAGUCGCGGACCUGACGAACCGGUCAUCCUCCUCGAGCGAGCCUGGAUCCUUCCAUUUCCCCAGUCUGUCCGUGAGCGAGCGUCCAGCUCAACUGAGCCCGUUAACCGAGUGCGCCGAGAACGGCGAGUCGAGCUGUUUGCUUCACCGUGCUACUACCAACUGUCUUCCCAAAUAUCACGAGACGCCAUCGGCCACGAUGGCCGCCGAGGAGCCCAACUCCCUAAGCCCGAAUCCCCCCUCCUCCCUGUCACGGUCCGUGAUGUGCGACGGCCAGCAGCAGCAACGCCACCAGCUGUCCGGCAGCGGCGGUAGCAGCCCGUCCGUGGGAGUUGGGCCUACCGACUUCAUGGCUACCGAAUUUUACAUGGACGAGUCUCUGCCGAGCAGCCUCAGCGAGCAUCCCGCCGACGGCCAGCACCAGGCUAUCGUUUCCCUUCUCCAGGAGAAUCUUGGGAACACCCGGGAAGAGGUGGAGAGGCUUCGUUCCAUCCUGAAAACGAUGAAGGCUGUGGUGUACGAGGCGUUGAGGUCCGUUCGCCAGGAGUUGGCCGUUCUCAGGGAUCGGUCGGACGAGGGGGCGACCGGUUUCUCCGAGACGACCGAGCAAGUUCGCGAGGCUCUGUCGUUGUACACGCGCGAGUGCGACCGCCGCCUUCGAGAACGGGAGCAAGAGUUGACGGUGGACCACGAGCUCGAGAUGGCGGACGUGAAGAAGAUGAUGGAGAAUCGCGAGGAGGAGAUAUGCACGUUGAAACGAAGCGUGAUGGAGAAGGAGACGGAGCUGGCCGAGCACGAGCGUCUGAUAUCGACCAUGCGGCAAAAGUUGGAGAACGAGCAAACGGAGAUGAGGGACCUGCAAACGCGUCUUCACCAACAGUUGGAGGAGGCUUUGGAGCAGGCACGAGCCGAGAAAGAGUCGGCCGUGAAAAAUGCCAACGACGAGAGAUUCUUGGAGAUAGCGUCGCUCACUAAUUCCGUCACGCAAUGCCAGAAGCGUAUCCAAGAAUUGGAGGAGAGCUUGGACACGGCGCGUAGCGAUCAGAAGAGAAUGGUGAAGGAGGCGACUGAAAAGCUGCAGAUGGAGUACAAGAGCGAGUUGCAGUCGAUCAGGAGUCGGUUCAAGCUGAUGACUGCUUCCACGACCAUGGAGAGCAGCCCGAGCGACAGCACCGAUAAGAUCGAAAGACCAGAUUUCAUCGAGUUGGCCGGUCACGCGUUGGCCUCGGCCUCGCAAGAAGCCAUGAAGCAGGAGAAGCCGGUCGCGAUACGGAGCAUCGAGGACGAGCGUACGGAUUGCGUGGCGAAAUUGGUUCACGAUCUACGCUUGGCCACGCAGGUGAUCGAGGAGAAGGACAGAGAGAUGGAGAUGUUCAGGAGAAGGGAGGUAGCGUUGACGGACGAGUGUAAGCGUUACAAGAGCACGAUCAGGCGUUUGACCGAGUCGGAGAAUUUUAAGAGCGAGCCUGGUUUGCACGAGGAGAGCAGCGACGAGCAACUGGAGAUGAGCCAGAGCAGCUUGGAGGAGGUGACGAAGAACUUGGAAACGGAGAAGGACGAGGUGGAGGUGUCCGAGUCGAAGAAGGUGCGGCUGGAGGCGAGCAACGACGACCCGACCUGCCUCUCGAGAAGACUCGAGAUGCUCGAGAACGAGAACAAGAGAUUGAGCGCCGAAUUGCAGUCGCUUCGCGAGAGCAAAGAGUCGGCCGAGGCGAAGAUAGAGGCCCUAGAGGCGGACAAGGUCCGGCUCGAGAUCGAGCUGGUGAAGGAACGUCCAAGGAACUUCGCCGCCCCCGAUUCCUCGUCCUCGUCCGAGUGCCGCGAUAAGGACAUGAACGCCUCUGUGGCGGUGGUUUCCGAGUCGAGCGCGCGCAGGGACGCGGCGACCAGCCCCAAACCGCAGCGUCGUUGCGGUUGCACAACGUGCUUGACGCACGUCCAGAAGAAAAUGCAGAAAACCGCUACGAAGCUUAUGGAGAUGGGCCAUAUCACCGUGACCAGCUGCGAUCCCGGUGAUAACGUGUUGAUGUUCUGGGAUCCCACCCACGGUACGUACACGUUGUACCAGGAGUCAACCACGCUCUACUUCCUCAACACGGAUUCCUCUUCCGAAUUGGAUCUGGGCUCGAAUCCCGACGAGUCGAAGAAUACUCAGAGCAUCGUCGAGGUUGUGGAUAAACAAUACUGUCACGCUAGAAAGUCAGAGAAUCGAUAUCGCGUACGACGCGGUACCAAAUUCUAUCGUGUGGUCGUGAAACCUGUGAGCAACAGUGCAGCUAUGUUGGCGAGCGUUCAGCAAGAAUAGAAUAGGAAAAAUGAUAAAUAGAGGGAGAGAGAGAGAGAGAGAGAGAGAGAGCGUGAGAAAGUGUGUGAGAGAGCGAGAGUGUGUGUAUGCGUGUGUGUGUGUGUGAGUGAGAGAGAGAGAGAGAGAGAGGGGUCCGUCGAUUCUCCGCCAAUUCGAUAAACCCUGUGACCGCGGAUCCGCGUCGCGGGAAUGAACACUUGUGGCCUUGCACGUUCAGUUCAUCCGACACGCAACCGACACGGAUCCUUAGCAUACACAUGUUCGCGAUCAUCCGAAAUUAUUCUCGGAUCAAGGCCAAAACCUGCCAGACCUUAUAGACGCAUCCUUGAAUCAGUCGAAUCGCUGGAAUAGAAGAAGAAGAAGAAGAAGAAGAAGAAGAAGAAGAAGGAAAGUUUUUCGGAGAGAUCGAGAGAAAAGGUAUGGGGGUACCUUGUUCAUGGGUGCCACGAUCGAAUAAGGGAUCAGAGGGGAAAGGAUGCGCUGGCGUUUCAUUGUGAUAUAAAUAAUUUUUAAACGAGCGAAACAUAUUUGCCGAAUGCUGUGGUUAGCUGUGAAGCGUAACGAUGUUUGUAUUUCCGUUUUCGGUUUUCUCUUUUAUUUUUUCGUUUCAGACGAGACCGAACGUGAGAAUGAGACAGAGAGAGGAAGAAAGAAUGCGCGCGUGUGUGUAUGAAAGAGAGAGAGAGAGAGAGAGAGAAAGAGAGAGAGAGAGAGAGAGAGAGAGAGAGACGAGAUAAUAAGAAAAAAAAAGAAAGCAACCGCGAAUAUAUAUAACGUUAUUACGACGAACAAUUAAACUUUAUCAAAUGAUAUUCUUCUCGAUAGGCUGAUCGCGUGCAAAGGAGAGAAAAAGUUAUUAGUGUGCAAGAGCGGAAGAGAGAGUUCUUUUUUUUAUUUUAAUUUCGGAUACACAGAGGCGAAAUUUAUUUGUUAUUCGAAACUAUUCAAAACUAUUAUUAUUAUUAUUACAAUUACGAUAACUUACUAUUAUCUUUGCACUGAAAACAAAAUGACGAAAAAGAAACGAAGAAAAAUCGUAGUAUAGUAAGUUUUGGAAUGAAACGAGCAAAAACAAAGGGGGGAAGGGGGAGGGGUAGGAAAGAAAGAAGUAACGAAGAUAAAGCAAGACAAAGAAGGUAUAACGAAAAUCACGAAUGCUUUGUAUAUGCAAAUUAUUAUUAUAUAUUAUAUAUGUGAUAUAUAUAAUAUAUAUUAAAUAUAUAAACUCGUGUA